AUGGGUGGCGCUCGGGGGCCGCGGCGGCUGCUUGGCCUCUUCUGCGGCGUCUGGCUGUGGGUGAGCGUGGCCGAGGCGAGCCCCACAGCCCCCACGGGGCCCCCGCUGCAGUUCCGGCUGGCGGGCUACCCUCGCAAGCACAACGAGGGGCGCGUGGAGGUCUUCUACAACCGAGAGUGGGGCACCCUCUGCGACGACGACUUCACGCUGGCCAACGCCCACGUCCUCUGCCGCCACCUGGGCUUCGUGGCGGCCACCGGCUGGACCCACAGUGCCAAAUACGGCAAAGGCACGGGGCGCAUCUGGCUGGACAACCUGAACUGUGGGGGGAGCGAGAAGAGCGUGGCCGAGUGCCGCUCGCGGGGCUGGGGCAACAGCGACUGCUCCCACGAGGAGGACGCCGGCGUCAUCUGCAAGGACGAACGCAUCCCCGGCUUCGUGGACUCCAAUGUGAUCGAGACAGAGCAGAACCAGGUGGAGGAGCUACGUCUGCGCCCAGUCGUGUCCCAUGCCAAGCGGCCGCUGCCGGUGACAGAGGGCAUCGUGGAAGUCCGCCACAAGGGCAGCUGGGCCCAGAUUUGUGACGAGAGCUGGAGCAGCCAGAACAGCCGGGUGGUCUGUGGCAUGCUGGGCUUCCCAGCCGAGAAGAAAGUCAACCGGAAUUUCUACAGGCUGUCUGCGCGGCGACACCCGCUCAACUACCGUCUGCACUCGGUGUCCUGCCUGGGGAGCGAGGUCCACCUCUCCCUGUGCUCCUUCGAGUUCUACAGCAGCAAUGGCACUGGGGGGGUCUGCAAGGGCGGGAUGCCCGCUGUGGUGGGCUGCAUGCCCGGGCCCCUCUUUGCCAUGGGCAGUGCCCAGAAGAAGCAGCAGCGGCGGCAACAGGGGCAGCACAUCCGCCUGAAGGGAGGGGCCCGGCCGGGUGAAGGGCGGGUGGAGGUGCUGAAGGAGAACGAGUGGGGGUCCAUCUGCGACGACCGCUGGAGCCUGAUGUCGGCCAGUGUGGUUUGCCGGGAGCUGGGCUUUGGCAGCGCCAAGGAGGCCCUGACGGGGGCACGCAUGGGCCAAGGAAUGGGUCCCAUCCACAUGAAUGAGGUGCAGUGUGCAGGCUCCGAGAGGUCGCUGUGGAGUUGCCCACACAAGAACAUCACCCAGGAGGGCUGCAAACAUGCCGAGGACGCCGGGGUCCGCUGCAACAUCCCCUACAUGGGCUACGAGACCACGAUCCGCCUGAGCAUGGGACGCAACCGCUUUGAGGGGCGGGUGGAGGUGGCCCUGGGGGCCGGGAGCAACGGCACCCGCUGGUGGGGCUUGAUUUGUGGAGAGGGCUGGGGGAUCCUUGAGGCCACGGUGGUGUGCCGUCAGCUGGGCCUGGGGUUCGCCAGCAGCGGCUUGCAAGAAACCUGGUACUGGGAUGCCAGCAAUGUGACGGAGAUGGUACUGAGCGGGGUGAAGUGUGCCGGGCACGAGAUGACGCUGAGCCACUGCCAGCACCACGACAAACUCAACUGCCGGAAGACGGGCACCCGCUUUGCUGCCGGGGUCAUCUGCUCUGAGACUGCCUCAGACUUGCUGCUCCAUGCCCCGCUAGUGCAAGAGACAGCAUACAUAGAGGACCGCCCUCUGCACAUGCUCUACUGUGCUGCGGAAGAGAACUGCCUGUCGAGCAGUGCCAGCAAAGCAAACUGGCCCUACGGGCACCGGCGCCUCCUGCGCUUCUCUUCCCAGAUCCACAACAACGGCCGGGCAGACUUCCGCCCCAAGGCAGGGCGCCACUCUUGGGUGUGGCACGAAUGCCACGGGCACUACCACAGCAUGGACAUCUUCACCCACUACGACCUCCUCACCCCCAACGGCACCAAGGUGGCAGAGGGACACAAGGCCAGCUUCUGCCUGGAAGAUACGGAGUGCCAGGAAGAUGUGGGCAAGCGCUAUGAGUGUGCCAACUUUGGGGAGCAGGGCAUCACCGUGGGCUGCUGGGACCUCUAUCGGCAUGACAUUGACUGCCAGUGGAUCGACAUCACCGACAUCCGGGCCGGGAACUACAUUCUGCAGGUGGUGAUCAACCCACGCUACGAGGUGGCAGAGAGCGACUUCACCAACAACGCCAUGAAGUGCAACUGCAAGUAUGACGGGCACCGCAUCUGGGUGCACGGCUGCCACAUAGGGGAUGCGCUCAGUGAGGAGGCAAACAGGCGCUUCGAGCAGUAUCCUGGACAGCUGAACAACCAAGUCGUCUAG